CUAACCACGCGUUCCUAGAUCCGCCUUCCGCAAAUCGCUAUUUGAUUGUGCACAGGGGAAUCAGGUGGCAGCAACGCGUUGGCUGAUAGGCGCAUGCGCAGCGCGCUUCUUGAGGGCUGGGCAGAGGUAAGCCCUCUUCACUGUGGCAGGGGACUACACACGGACGUGAAAACUGAGAGGCAAGAAUCACUGGAGGCCAUCUUGGAGGGUACCACAUGGUUAUACUACUUUCAUAUGAAGUUAAACAUGGCAGAAGAAGAGGACUACAUGUCUGAUUCCUUCAUUAACAUCCAGGAAGAUAUCAGACCAGGAUUGCCAAUGCUGAGGCAAAUCCGAGAAGCCCGUCGAAAAGAAGAAAAGCAACAAGAAGCUAAUUUGAAAAAUAGGCAGAAGAGUUUAAAAGAAGAAGAACAAGAAAGACGUGACAUUGGGUUGAAGAAUGCACUAGGUUGUGGAAACAAAGGGUUUGCUUUGCUCCAAAAGAUGGGAUAUAAAAGUGGUCAGGCUCUUGGCAAGACUGGAGAUGGUAUUGUUGAACCAAUUCCUCUCAACAUCAAAACAGGGAAAAGCGGCAUUGGUCAUGAGGCAUUAUUAAAACGAAAAGCAGAGGAAAAUUUGGAAAGCUACAGAAGAAAGGUACACAUGAAAAACCAGGCUCAAGAAAAAGCUGCAGAACAGUUUCGGAUGCGACUUAAAAAUAAGCAAGAUGAAAUGAAGCUAGAAGGAGACCUUAAAAGAAGCCAGCGAGCCUGUCAGCAGUUGGAUACCCAGAAGAAUAUUCAGAUUCCCAGGGAGGCCUGGUACUGGUUGAGGCCUGAACAGGAGAGUGAAGAAGAGGAAGAGGAAGAAAAAGAACAAGAUGAAGAUGAAGUUAAGAGUGAAGAUUUAAGUGUAAUGGAAAAACUACAAAUAUUGACAAGUUAUUUAAGAGAAGAACAUCUGUAUUGUAUUUGGUGUGGGACAGCCUAUGAAGAUAAAGAAGACUUAUCUUCAAAUUGCCCAGGACCAACUUCUGCAGAUCACGACUAAAAAUAUUCCCAAUAAAGUGGAACCUAGAAAAGUGUUCAUGUUUCCUGAACAGUUGAGCAAUUAGAAUUCAUUUUUUUUUUUUAUGCCAGUAAGGAAUGAGGACCUUCAUAUAGCAUUGCAUUCAUUUUUGUACUUUAAACUCAUAGCCACUCUAUAGGACAGAGUAGAACUGCCCCAUAGAGUUUCCUUUAGAAGGAUAUAAUUGUGCACUGACUUGAGAAAAUAAUGGGAUGCUAUUUUAGAACACAGGUAUCACAGACAUGGCCAGUUAUAAUUUAUGAUGGUAUUGUGAUACUUCUGGGGUUUAAGGACACCAGUAGGUAUCCCCUCUUCCCCUCUUUACGUUGAAACAAAUCGAAUAAUGAGGCAUGAGAGUCAGAGGGAGAUUGAUAUAUUAGUUUUAUUAGGGAUGAAGCUGAAAUAGAGAACAUGGUUGACUUGUUUUCCAGUCAGGCUUCCUAAUGUUUCUCCCUAAUUGGAGAGAGCAGCAGGCCUCUGCUUGCAGGGACAGAGCCUGCCCUAGCGUUUAGAGACCAGUUAGUUCUCAAGGUUAAAGAAUCCACCAGAGCUGAGCCUUACAUGCUCGGUUCCUUCUCCCAGUAUCACCAAUCGGAUAAGAUACUUCUCUGUUGGGAAGGAAUGAAUGAGGGUUCAGAGAGCUUGUUUCCAUACUUCUCUCUCCAAAGGAGUGGUUCUCUUCCCUGUAUGCAAGCAUAAGGAGGGGAAAAGUAUUCCCCUCAGUAAGACAGAGGUCAGGGGCACUGUUCCAUUAAUACCAAAAAUUCUAAUCAGUUUUAGAAACAGUAAUAAUGAUGCUUCUGGUAAAAUCUUGAGUUUUCAUGGAAAUGUGUGUAUCCAGUGUAAGUGACCAGUUGCUAAGUUUUGGCUAAAGAAAUUUAGGAACUGGGGGAGAACAUUAAAUACUACUGUAUUUAGGAACCCCUUGACAACAUUCCCAGCAGAUGGUAAUCUAACUUCUGUCUUCAUUCCUCUAGCCACAGAGAGCUCACUGCUCUAAAACAGACCACUCCAUUGCUCUAAAAAAUGCUUUUGUUUUUCCAUCUUAAGCUGGAAUGGGCUUACCUGUAACAUGCCACUAGGAAGCCCCAUCCAUCAAAACCAAGAAUUUUCUUUGAAGUUCAUAUUCCUAGAUGUCUCCAUUAGUGAUUUUGAUUCAGCUAGUCUAGGGUGGCUCCUAGGGGAGCUGUGACCUCACCUUAUAAUGUAGCUCACCUUUCAGGAGCACUGAGCAAGAGAUUCACCUCUUCUUCUUUUCUAGGAACAGUAUACACAAGAACAGCAAAAGCUAGUCUUCACUUGAAUGGAUUGAGACAAUCAAUGUGACUGGGAUUCACUGCUGAUCUAAUUCACUCAGUCUCAAGUUUACUUUGGGGAGUUUUAAAAAAAGAUAAUGCAAAGGUCCCACCCCUAGAGAUUUUGAUGAAGUUGGUCACUGGCCUGGGCAUCACUACUCUUGGUUUUAAAAUGAAGCAGAGAUUGAGAACCACUAACCAACUUAACUUCUUCAUCCAGGAAAUGAAUCAUUGUUUUUAUGAAUAUAAAGAUAUAUAAAAUAUUGGAGUUUAUAUGAUUGUAUAGUAUUGUUAAUGUUUAUUUCCCAAGUAAAUGUCAAAUUUUAAAAAUUUAUUUAAAAAAUAAAAUUGUAGUAGUAACUAAAACAAAGGAAUACACCUUUUCCUUGAAAUUACAGUAAAGUCCUUUUCUGUCUUUUCAGCUAACAUACCUACAUUCAGUCAGUCCCAAAGCCAUGUGGAUUGUUUCACAUGGAAUGGAGUUAGACAGGAACUGGCUUCUCUUUCUCCUCUUACUGACUAUGGGGACAAGACACCUGCCCAAGGGCCCAGACUGUUUCUGAUAUGUUCUUGAAGAAUUAUGCUGAGAAUAACCUUGAUGGCACCCAUGACCCCACCAAGGUUAUGCUUCCCAUUUCCAGAGCUCUGGCUCGCAGCACUAGACCUGCAUUAGAAAGUGGCAGAUGUUCCUCUAUUCUUACCCAUUUAAGGUUAAAAAUACAGGUUUUCAGUAUGAAUAUAAACAUGUUUUUAUUCAUAUAGACCUUUUACAACUUCUUAACUAGAAAAUAAUGAGACUGAGGGAACCAAAAGAAUGAAAAGAACUUAAUUUGUAUGGAAUUUCACAUUUAUAUGAAAUUUGAAACUUAAGACAAAGUGAAUUUUAACAUAUCAUGUCACUCUUUGUUUAUAUUGUGUUACAUAUCUUUUCAAAAUUCUAUCUAGAAGUUCUAAAAUGUUUCAUUUUCAUAAUUAUAAAUCCAGAAUACUGUAGUUCCUGACAUUGAGAAUAAGUAAAUACACUUCAGUGUACCAAAUCAGUUUACCUUAUACACAUUUACUUCAGGUGUUACUUGCCAAACAUUAAUCGUUAAAAUUUGAAAGUGAGUAUUAUUAUUAUUUAAUAUCAGGCAUAUUUUUUUGUAGGAUACAACAAGACAUAUUCGACACUUCCUUUUACUGCCCACCAAUUCAAAAGCUCUUAGUUCUUGCUUUAUGCAGGGCAGUGUACUCGAUGCCUUGGUGUAUACAAAAAUGAGAGACUAUCCCUACUUUCCAGAAAUUCACAGUAAAUGAGGGAAACAGCCAUAUAGGAAUGACUGUGCUCCAGGGCCAACUGGUAAGCAUGAGACAGUAGUGAGAUACUAAAUGGGAGUAGCAGGGAGAAGAGUAAUUCUGAAUGGACAAGGUGAAACACUAUGUAAGUAGAUUUAGAAGGAAGGCAUUACCAUAUGGCCCAGCAAUUCUAGGUACGCGCCCAAGAGAAAUGGGAACAUAUGUUCACACAAAAAGCUGUACACGAAUGUUCAUAGAAGUAUUAUUCAUAAUAGCCGAAAGGUGGAAGCAGCCCCAUGUCCAUCAACUGAUGAAUGCAUAAACAAAAUGUGGUAUAUCCAUACAAUGAAAUAUUAUUUGACCAGAAAAAGGAAUGAAUUAUUGACCCAUGCUACAACAUGACUAAACCUGGAAAACAUUGUUAAGUGAAAAAACCACAUAUUGUGUGAUUCCACUUCUAUGAAAUGUCCAGAAUAGUCAAAUCUGUACAGAUUUGGAAGUAGAUUAGCGGUUGGCCACGGCUGGUGGAGACAGGAGGAAAUGAGGCAUAACUACUAAUGGGUACGUGCUUCUUUUUGGGGUCACAAAGAUGUUUUCAAAUAGAUUGUGGUGAUGGUUGCACAACUCUGAAUAUACAAAACACCACUGCAUUGUACACUUUAAACAGGCAAAUUGUAUGAUCCAUUAAUUAUAUCUGGAUAAAGGAGUUAUUUUAAAUUAACAUUGAACAAGGAGUGCAUAAUAGGAGGUAAAAGUGGGGCGACAUGCCAGGCCAGAUUGAGAAGGCAGGUCGAAGAGAGUCAUUUGAACUAAAUCCUUUAUAGAUUUUUGGGCAAAGAAGUAACAUGAUCAGAUCAAUGUUUAGAAAACAAUGCAAUGCACGAGAAAGAUUUUAGGGGCUAGAAUAAAAGCCAGUUAUCUGAGUAAGCAAUAGAGGAACUGAAUCAAGGCAACAAUGGUGAAAAGGCAGGGACAAAUACAAGAAAUAGUUCAGGGGAUGAACAGAGAACAUUUGGCACCUGACUUGGGAUGUAGAGGAAAGGCUGAGUGGAAGAUAAAGCCAUAUUCUGCUGAGAGUGUAUCUGAAUGGUUCUUAAAAGGCCCAUACAAACUGAGAAUAUGAUGAAAACUCAGAAAAAUGUACUACAUAUUUAUCCUUCAUCUCUAAGGUCUCAUCCAGCUCUGAAAUUUUAAGAUUCUGUAUACAAAUCUGCAUAUUAGGCAAUUUAUAAACACUUUGAGGAGUCCGAGUGGGGCAAACACUUAAGUGCUUGGCUAUUAACCGAAAGAUUGGCAGUCAACCCACACAGAGGCACCUUAGAAUAAAGGCCUGGCAAUCUGCUUCCAAAAGGUCACAGCCAUGAAAACGCUACGGAGUGCAGUUCUACUCUGCAACACAUGGGAUCACUAUGAAUUGGAAUCAACUCAACGGCAAAUGGAUUGGUUUGGUUUUAUUUUUAAUCAACACUUUGAAACCCAUGUGUGGACCUCCUGGAUGUCCAAUCCCAGACCGAGAAUCCCUAGACCAAUUUCUCACUGUUGGCAUACUGACAUUUUGAGCUGGAUAAUUGUUUUGGAGGGCUGUCCUGUGCAUUGUAGGAGGUUUAGCAGCACCCUUGGUCACUACCAGGGAUGCCAGUAGCACACUUUCCCCCCAACACAUACCUUCCCCCGCCCAUGUGAGGACAACCCAAAGCGUCUCCAGAUGUUGCCUAAUGUCCUGUGGGGCAAAACUGCCCCAGCUGAGAACCACUUCCCUAGAUCAUAAUCUGCAGACUUCACAGUGUAUCAGAAUCACUUGGAGGACUUGUUACAACAUUUCUGGGCUCACCCGAGUUUCUGUUUCAGAAGGUUUGGGGUGGGGACCAAAAUUUUCAUUUCUAACAAGUUCCAGGCGAUGCUGAUGCUUCUGGUCCAGAGAUCACACUUUGAGAACCACUGGUUCUCAACCAGGGGUGAUCUGGGGUAGAUGGCAGGGAUGUAGCUGAACAUCCUAUGAUACACAAGACAGCCACCCACAACAAAGAACUGCCCAGCCCAAGAUGCCAACAGUGCCACUGCUGAGAAACUCUGCCCGAGAGUAAGCUAUUCCUUGAUGUCAAACAAUUGCAGAUCACGGCCCGUUAGCUAGACUGCAGACAGCGUAUUUGAGAAUGAAACAGAACAGAAAAUAACGACAUGCAUCAAAAACAGUAAUUGAUUUGUGAAACUUUUAAGUAGAUACAUAGAUGGAUCGGUAGGUAGGCAGAGAGACAGAGUUGAUUUUCUUUAAUCAUGGCAGUUAUGGCCUAUUAAGUGUGAACACUGAAUGAGCGAAUACUGAGCCAGUGCUCCUAAGGGAAAUACAGGUUUAGGUUCCUGUGAGGCCUGGUCACAUUUUUUAUCAAUCAGUCAAUACAUAACCUUGUUUUAUGUGUGCUUCCAUUUAAAGACACCUUAUUUAAUACAACUGAUGCAUUAACAUCAAAUGAAGCUUAUCUUAACAUGUGCAUUUUUUCUGUAAGGCACCUUACGGCCUUGAGCUUAGGAACUCCAGACAGCACGUCAACGCUAUGCUUGGGAGCCAAUUUACACAGGGUAAUCACCAACAAAAAGCACAAAAAUGAGAAAAUGGGGCACUAAAUAGCCUACAAAAAGGACACUUGUUUAUAUUGUGAGAGCUGAAACGAGAAGGCUGAGCAUCACCUCGGUUGACCUCAAAUGGGAAAUGGGGUGUCAGCGACUCAAACUUUUUCUCACUUUGUGAACAUCUAAGAAUGACUGUGAGAGCACCGGGGGACUGAUUUUGGGGUUACAAAUUGAUUUCAGAGAGUAGGCCAAUUUGCAAAUAUGGAAUCUAUGAAAAACAAGGAUUGACUAUAGAAUGAAAACAUAUACAGAGUUGCAAUAUUAAGAGUUUUUUUUUUUACAGUGGUCAAAGAAGUGUAGAAGGUACAGCAAACCAAGACUCUCCAAGGGUUGUGUGUUAGACUGGAUGAUGGCUCCCAAAGACGUCCAGGUCCUAAUCCCUGGAACCCCUGAAUUACAUUGUAUGGAAAAGGGGUCUUUGCAGAUGUGAUUAGGUUAAAGAUCUGGCGAUGGGGAGAUUAGCCUGGAUUAUCCAGGUGGUUCUGAAUGUAAUCACAAAUACUCUUGUAAGAGAGAGGCAGAGGGCAAUUUGGCUACACAGAAGAAGGCACUGUGAUCAUGGGAGCAAGAUGCUACACUACUGGCUUUGACAAUGGAGGAAGGGGCCAUGAACCAAGGGAUAGAAACUGCCAGCAGAAGCUGGAAAAGGUAAGGAAACGGAUUCUCUGCUAACGCCUUUAGCUAGAGCACAGCCCUACCCACACCUUGAUUUAAGAUCAAACCAAAAAAAAGAGUUGUUGUCAAGUUGAUUCUGACUCAUGGUGAGCCCGUGUAUGUCAGAGUAAAACUGUGUUCCACAGCAUUUCAAAUGGCUGAUUUUUUUCACAAGUAGAUUGCCAGGCCUUUCUUCUGAGUUGCCUCUGGGCGACUCGAACCUCCAACCUUUCAGUUAGCAGCCAAGCAUUUUAACCAUCUACACCAGCUAGAGCUCCCAAUUUUAGACUAGUGAAACUGAGUGUGAACAGCUGGCCUCCAGGGAAUAAAUGUGUAUUAUUUUAAGCCACCAAAUUCACAGUUAUUUGUGACAGCAGCCACAGAAGAAUAAUACAGGCUUCAAUCAAAUUAACCCCCAAAGUCAGACAACUUUGUGAGGUAUUUUCUUUGCCUCACAGGUUUACCUACUACAGCUUUUAAUUAGUUGGAAUUUAAGCCAAUAAUGAGGCCACAGUACACCUGUCAACUGUGGUCCUUUCAUCUGUGACCAUUCUGAGAAAAGACUAGGUCACAAUCACAGACACCUAGUCACAGACAUUCAGUGCCGGAUGGACUUCUAGAUAUAAAGAGUAAACAUAUAAACGGAGAUGUUUGCCAUACUGUGUUCCUUAGCCCUCCUCUAUACAAUAUUCCCUCUCUUGGCAGUCCCCUGGAUUCAAUGAUGACCUCCGUGUACGAGCCUAAUCCCAGGAUUUCACCCGAGCUCCUAGCCUGCAUUUCCUACAGUCUGCUCUCAUCUUCACCUGGAUGUUCUGGCAGCAUCUCCACAAUGGGACUCAACAUCUUACCUCCAUAUGUGCUCUGCCUCACCAUGCCCUAACUCCUUUAAUGGCACCAUUUACCUGCCGCUCACCUUGAAAUGCACCUGAAAGUAACCUUAGAGGUUGACCUUUUCCUUAAUCUCUACCUCCAAUUAGCUGUCAACUCCUAUUAGUUUUACCUCAAUUAUACUUCUUGGUUUUCUCCCCUCCUUUUGUUCAGACUCUCUUGGCCUCUCAGCCUUCUAACCUUUUGAAUAUAGCCUCUUCCUGCUCUAACCCAUUUUAAAGACUUUUUUUUUUUUUUUUUUCAAAAUACUGCUUAGGUCACACCCUGCUUAAAAAAAACAAAACUCAUUUGUCACAUUUGGAAGUUGCUAGGCCACCAAGUCAUUCUAAAAAUGGGUAAAUCAAGUAAAUAUUUAUCCCAUAUUUCCUAUUCAGACUGAGAAACUUCUAUAUGUAAGAAUCACAGACGGUAAAUGUAAGAGGUUUGAUAAAAUCAGAAAAUCACUCUUUUGCAACUCCUAAUGAAAUAGUGAAGCCCUGGUGGCAUAGUGGUUAACAGCGUGGCUGCUAACCCAAAGGCCAGCAGUGGAAUCCACCAGUUAAUCCUUGGGGACCCUUAGGGGCAGUUCUGCUCUGUCCUAUAGGGUCGCUAUGAGUCGGAAUCAACUCGACAGUAAUGGGUUUCGUUUUAAUGAAAUAAUGGGUGCAGGCAACAUUCACCAAUAGCUGCUAAAACCAUGAGGUGAAACGAAGCUGUAUAAUGGAUGAUACCACCUGAACCCACUGAUCAAUCUCAGCAUCACCAAAAGCGGGACAAUCAGACAUCAUGUUCCUCCUGAAAGGAUACAGUAGAGAGUAUACACCAUCACCUAUGGAGUAUCCUUGAAAAAAAAAAGGAAUUUAAUCAAACUUUUAACUACCAGUUCAUAGGUAAUGUGAGGGAUAGAAGAGCUUGUUAUGUGGCACCAUGGGGAUACCAUCAGCCAAAUCCUGAAUGGAGUUUAGUCUACAAGACAUACGAUCCACUUUAUUUCUGAAAAAAACAGCCAGAGGAAAGAAAAAAACAAAAAAGCAGGUAAA